UACUUCUACCAUUGCGUUUGUGAAUCGUAAAAAUCUUAUCAGCGAUAUGUAACACUUAUCAAAACGUGUGUAUAUAUACAAUAGCAAAAUUGCGACGCUAUUGGGUGCGAUAAGCUUGUGGUUCCUUAUUUUUUCCGUUUUCAAAUGAAGUACAUUUCUCCUUUGUCCUUUUUCAUCUUCUUCAAAUUCAUUCAUCUAUUCUUGUCAAAGCAUAUAAAAUGACAGGGAAGCAAAGGAAAGGUGUAGUUUUGUUAGAGUUAUAUCAUCUACUAAGAACAUCGUUGUUUAAACUUGUUAUACAGUUAAAACAUACAAAUGACAGAACCAAGGAGGAAAAGAAAAGUGUGCGUAGUGGGGGCUGGCGCAGCUGGUCUUUGCGCAGCUAAACACUUGGCGGAAAAUUCAAAUUUCGAGAUAAAAGUUUACGAACAAACAAACGACGUCGGUGGUACAUGGGUGUACAAAGAAGUAACCGGAGUCGAUGAGAAUGGUUUGCCUGUUCACUCGAGCAUGUACCGGGAUCUCAGAACUAAUUUACCGGGGAAGAUAAUGAAUUUUCCUGACUACGUAAAAAUGAAGGCCGAGGAACCUUGUUGCGUGACACACCAAGAAGUUCGAAAUUAUUUAAAAAAUUACGCUGAACAUUUUAGCUUGCUUAAACAUAUUCAGUUUGGUACAAAGGUAGAACACGUUCAUCUAGAAGUCUCGUCCAAAGGUGAAGAAACGUGGGUUGUACGAGUGAGAACUAUAAAAUCCAACGAGAAGAAAGAGCUCGUUUUUAACGCCAUAAUGAUUUGUAACGGACACUACUUCGAUCCUUACAUACCACCGAUACCUGGCAUCGACACUUUCCCAGGAACGAUAAUACACAGUCAUUCGUACAGGAAACCAGAAGAUUUUUCCGGAAAGACUGUCUUAAUUUUAGGUGCAGGCGCCUCUGGGACCGAUAUUGGAAUCGACUUGGCUAAACACGUAGUCCGAGUCUAUCUCAGUCACAAUAACGAAAGGUUGACAAGCAUUUUACCAUCGAACGUAAUUCAAGUGAUGGGCGUGGAAAGAAUAGAAGGAGAGAAAAUUUACUUAAAGGAUCAAAGCUUCGUCACAGCGGAUGCGUUUAUGUUUUGUACCGGAUAUCGAUACAAUUUUCCAUUCUUGGAUGAAAGUUGUGGCAUAAAAGUGGAGGACAAUUACGUGACUCCUCUGUAUAAACAUUUAAUUAAUAUCGAUCAUACGACGAUGUGUAUAGUUGGAAUACCGACUAUUGUUAUUCCAUUUCCCAUGUUUCACGCGCAAGUGCAAUACUUCCUCGCGGUGUUAGAAAACAGGGCAAGUUUACCGGCAAGAUCGAUCAUGUUAGAAGACUCGAAGUUAAAAGGGCAGAAAAAAAAUCACGCCCACAGGUUGAUGGAUAAACAAUGGGAAUACAACGAUUCGUUAGCAGAUUCCGGUGGAUUCGAUCGUUUGCCAAAGUUUUAUAAAAUCGGAUAUAAAAUGUGGUCAGUUCAGAGGAAAGUUAAUUUGUUAAAUUACAAGAAGGCCAGAUUCGUGAUAUCCGAAGAUGGAGAUACUGUUGAAUUUGAAGUAGCAAAUUAAAGCGUAAAGAUCAAUUAAGAGUUGGUAAUUUUAUUUUUAAUCCAAUCUACCAAAUGCCUGACGUCUGUAUAGACACCAGGCGAGUGUGAUAGACCGCAUUCA